AUGGUUGAGAUUAGCGUGAAGGCAACUUUCAUAACUGCCUGCCAAAAAACCCAGGUCAAGGAAGAAGAAGGGGAGAAACUGCAUGUGGUCGAGUCCCACUGGUUAGCACUAGAUCAGUUGAUAAACGAUGUUGUCGAAGCUAGAGACUGGUACGACACCAACAUUUGGGACGUAUUCGACUCCAUGCAAAUCCCCAUCCAACGUUCCACGCUAGAUAAAAUCGUUGGCUGUGCCCUUGACAUGGCGGCUACGGAGAGUUACAAGAACCGUAGGGUGUUGCGAAUGCGGGUGGAGAUUGAGGCAUUGGUUGAUGAACAGCCAAAUUUGGAGGAAGGGGAUGCUUAUUGUGUCGAUGUGGAGGCUGAUGAUUUUUGGGAGACGGUGGGGGCGUUUAGGAGGCUGAGGAAAGUGGUGGUCGAGAAGCCUGAUGAAGAGAAUGUAUGUUCGAUUUGCUUGUCAGGGUUCUUUGUGGGUUCGGAAAUUAGUGCUACACCUUGCUCUCACGUUUUUCAUGAUCGUUGCAUUAGAGCUUGGCUAAAGAAAUGUAAUAAAAAAUUUUGUCCUAAUUGUGUUACCAUGUUGGCCUAG